AUGGCAGAUUUGCUCCUCGCCAAUUUCAGCAUCAGCACAUGGCUCGCCGCUGGUGGCUGCGCUCAAUCAAUUCUCUUCCUUACGCUUCCUCGCCCUGUUGCUCUCCUUCCUGCCGUGAUUCUUCUCCUACUACGCCUCGCCAAAGGUGCAUUGAUCACCCUGGGCUAUCUCCACAAUACAUACACCGAUGGAGCUUUCUUGAACAAGAGCACAGCACCAAUACCCCACGAGGAUGGCUCGAUCCCAGCUAAGGCUGCUGAUAAGGGCUUGGUUGUCUUCAUCGUGGGAGCGAACACCAAUCACCCAAUGGGUCUUUUCGCCCCAGGUUUCGCGAAUGUAGGCGAUUACUUUCAAAACAUGUGGAAGGAUGCUGAAGCAGACCGCGAGAAGUGGGGCUAUCUCGGAAAAGCGAACACCAUGCAAAUGGCUACUGCAGGCGGCAAUGCUUUGGUGACCAUCUCCUACCGGAAGGACAUAGAAAAUUUGCACGCAUUCGCUCAUGGCCCGACCCAUCGUCUGGGCUGGGACUGGUGGGCUGCGCAGAACAAGAAGUAUCCCCAUAUGGGCAUUAUGCAUGAAACGUACGCUGUGCCGAAAGGUGCAUGGGAAAACAUCUAUCAAAACUGCCAUCCUAUUGGCAUGGCCCAAAUCAAAUAUCCAAUCGGGGAGUCGAGAGACGCUCCUCCCAAGCUCGUCAGUACGAUAACGCAGGCGAAGGGCGGGAGAUGGAGAACGAUGACGAGUAGAAUGGGUGGAAAGGAAGAUGAAGAUGAGGAGUGCUGA